AUGGGUCGCGCCCUAAUUACGCAGUCAGUGUGCAGGAGAACGCCAAGUUCCAUCUGGAUAUGGCUGCGCUAAUAAGAGGACUUCAAGCUGGGAGGGCUUUGCGAAGUCUGGGUUGUGUGGUAGUGCAGAGAGCAGCCAAUCCCCAGUGCACCAGCAUCAGACGGGGCAUCCACCGUGCUGCCCUGCUGCGGGUCCAUGAUGACACAAAGAACCCCUCACCUGCCUCCGCUUCUGCCACUCAUCAUGCACCUCACUCCGAGGACACCCAUGCAUCUGCAGAUCCAGGGGCAUCUUCUGCCACACACGAAGCGUCUGCAGGUGACACUGCCACAGGGCAAGAGGACCCCCAUGUUAAUACAAGCUACCAAGACCAGAGUGGGGAGCAGAAUGAGGACUAUGAGACAGAGGAGCAGCUUGCGCAGCGCAUCCUGACGGCAGCCAUCGACUUUGUGCCCCAGUACGGCUGGACUAUGGAGUCCAUCGCAGCAGGAGCAGAGACACUGGGCCUGUCAUCUGCCUGUAACGGAAUGUUCACCAACGGAGCAGGAGAUCUGGUGCUUCACUUUGUGGCCGAGUGUAACACCCAACUCACAGAGAUAUUGGCCGAGCAGGAGAAGCAGAUCCAGCUUGGUCAGGCAGAGAAAAAGAAAACGGCAGAGUUUUUGAGAGAUGCGGUGGAGACACGGUUGAGAAUGCUGAUGCCCGUCAUUGAUACUUGGCCACAGGCCAUGAGUAUCCUGAUUCUUCCACAUAAUAUCCCACACAGUCUGAAGCACCUGUCCACCCUAAUGGAUGACAUCUGGUAUUAUGCUGGCGAUCGCUCCACAGAUAUGAACUGGUACACUAAGCGGGCAGCGUUGACGGGGAUCUAUAACACCACAGAGCUGGUGAUGCUACAAGACAACUCCCCUGACUUCCAGGACACAUGGAACUUCCUCGACAACCGUAUCCAGGAUGUUGUCAACAUGGCUAGUACAGCAAAACAGGUGUCGUCUACUGGCGAAGCAGUGGCCCAGGGGCUCAUGGGGGCUGCAGUUACAUUGAAGAACAUCACAGGGCUGAACCAGAGAAGAUGAAACAGGACUGCAGUAUACUUCCACAUCCCUCACAACCUCUCCCCUCACCACUCCACAGAGUGUGUGCUUUAUGCCCAAGAAACGAGUUUUGCCAUUUCACUUGAAAGCAAUUGUAAUGCAAGGGGUGGUGUGCUUGGCAUCCUUCCUUUACUGUAAAGAAAUUCAGUUUUACCCACCUGGUUUUUAACAUCAGGGUAAGAGCAGUUACUAUCUACACCCCAGCCUGUGUCCAUCCCCCGACACCAGAACUGUUUUUCCAAUGUGAUCCUUAAAAAAAAAAAAAGUAAUGCCAAGCAUUAACAUCCUCUCAUUUUGAGAAUUCUUCAAUAAAAUGUACUUUAUGUUU